AUGACUGGCAUCAUGGGUAGUGUCAUCAAAAAAGUCCCUCUGAUUUCAGAUCUUUCUGCUGCCGUCCAGAAGUUCUCCCAGUCCCUGCAGGAGUUCCAGUUUGAGUGCAUUGGUGAUGCAGAGACAGAUGAUGAGGUGAACAUUGCACAGUCAUUCAAAGAGUUCUCGCAGCUGCUGAACACUGUUGAAGAAGAAAGACGACGCCUGAUUCAGAAUGCAGAUGAUGUUUUGAUUACGCCCCUGGAAAAAUUUCGGAAGGAGCAAAUCGGAGCCGCAAAGGAGGGGAAGAAGAAAUUCGAUAAGGAAACGGAGAAAUACUAUUCCACACUUGAGAGGCACCUCGGCUUGUCAUCCAAAAAGAAGGAGGCGUAUCUACAGGAGGCCGACGCACAGAUUGACAAGGAGAGGCAACUCUUUUAUGACGCGUCGCUCGAGUACGUCUUCAAAAUACAAGAAGUGCAAGAAAAGAAGAAAUUUGAGUUUGUUGAGCCGCUCCUGGCCUUUCUUCAGGGAUUGUUCACGUUCUACCACGAAGGAUACGAGCUGGCUCACGAGUUUGAGCCGUACAAGCAGCAGCUCCAGUUCAACCUGCAGAACACACGAAACAACUUUGUGAGCACCAAGCAGGAAGUGGAGAAGCUGAUGAAGAGGAUAAGGUCCGCGGAUCAGGACUACAAACCCCCGGGCCAGUGGACGAUGGAGGGCUUCCUGUACGUCCAGGAGAAACGUCCUCUGGGAUGCACAUGGAUUCGUCACUACUGCACGUAUGAGAAAGACAGCAAAACCUUCGCCAUGAGCAACACAGAAAACAAGUCGGCCGGGAAACAGAACGGUCUUGUCCUGAACCAGCCGGAAAUGUUCAAGCUCAGAUCCUGCAUUCGAAGGAAAACCGACUCCAUCGACAAGCGAUUCUGCUUUGACAUCGAAGUGGUGGAGAGAAAUGACAUCUGUCGUGGAACUCUUUUCAGACCGCUUCAGUUUUUCUAUAAAGUCCGGCAUGGCGUUAUGACACUGCAGGCACUGUCGGAGGCCAACAGGAGAUCGUGGCUGGAGGCCAUGGAUGGCAAGGAGCCGAUUUACAACCUGCCGGCCAUUCUGAGCAAAAGAGAAGAGACAUUUCUUAAUGAGGCGGGAUUUAACUUCGUACGGAAAUGCAUUGACCUGGUGGAGGUGAGAGGCAUAAACACAUUGGGGCUGUACAGAAUCGGAGGUGUCAACUCCAAAGUCCAGAGGCUGAUGACUACGGUCUUUUCCUCCAAGGCACCUGCGGAUAUGGACCUGGACCCGGAGACGUGGGACAACAAAACCAUCACCAGCGGCCUGAAGAAUUACCUCAGGUGUCUCUCCGAGCCUCUAAUGACCUUCAAGCUCCACAAAGAUUUUAUCAUGGCUGUCAAGUCAGAUGAUCAGAACUACCGGGUGUGUGCCGUCCACGCCUUGGUGCACAAGCUACCCGAGAGGAACAAAGAAAUGCUGGAGCUGCUUUUAAAACACCUCGUCGUUGUUUCCACACAAAACCAGUGCAACCUGAUGACAGUGUCCAACCUGGGUGUCAUCUUUGGACCCACCCUGAUGCGCUCGCAAGAGGAGACUGUGGCCGCAAUGAUGAACAUCAAGUUCCAGAAUAUCGUGGUGGAAAUACUUAUCGAGAACUUCAACAAGAUUUUCCACCAGCCUCCGGACCCCAACGUGCCCCUGCCCCAGCCGCUGAGCCGGCCAGGCCCUCGCAGGAGCAGGGCCAUCUGUCUGUCGACGGGGCCCAGGAAGCCCCGCAGCCUCUACACCCCAACACUUUGUCUGGCAGACGCAGAAAGUGACACUUUGAGCAGCAGUCCGGGCAGCACCCCCAUGGGCAGCAUGGAGUCUCUGUCCUCCCACUCCUCUGAGCAGAAUACCUCCUCCAAAACCGCCUCCUCUGCUCAGGUGAAGGAGAAGUCGCACCUGGACCUCUGCCGGACGCCGUCGCAGCUCUCAAACGGCCCCAAAAGCACCGUGUGUGUCAGCAGCCCCGAGUCCAGCUCCAGGGAGGACGCGGGUCGUACAGACGGAGAGUCGGAGGAUGCUCUCAGCUUGUGUUCAGUCAGCACAGCACCCAGGCUGUCUCCCGCACCGAAAAAAGCCCCACACUUCCGCACCGAUCUCAGGCCGCCGCUGCCGAGCCGUUCACCUGCUCCCUCCCUGAAAUCCCUGCAUAUAUCUGAAGGCCACAGGAGCUGCUCUGGAUCUGUCCAAAAUCUGUCAACGCUGGAGCCCAGAGAGACUCUAAAGCCUGCGGAGCACCCAGACCUGCCACCCAAACAAGUCAUCCGCCGCAGGCUGGACAACUCAGUUGGCAACGGAUACCAAAGACCUGGCUCAGUGGUUGCUGCCAGAGCCCUGCUAUUUGAAAACAUCCCUUCCCUGCAGUCUGUUCCAGUCGGAAGAGAUGCCAAGGCCAUGUACUCCUGUGAGGCAGAGCACAGCCACGAGCUCAGCUUCCCCCAGGGGGCGCACUUCUCAAACGUUUACCCCUCUGUUGAACCAGGCUGGCUCCAAGCAACGUACGAGGGAAAAACCGGUUUAAUCCCUGAGAAUUAUGUCGUCUUCCUCUAACAGGUGGUUAACGCUGCAUCUUUUUCAUGGUAUCCAUGGAAGAAAAAAAAGAAUGCAGAUGUGGUUGGUUGUUGUUCAUUGCCGUGCUGCCAUUAUCGCUGACAACCAACAUUUCUGCAAUUUAUGUAUUCUUCAAGUAGAGCAGUAAUUGUUUUAACAUCUUUAUUCGAGAGCGUGGUGUUUCAGUUUGAGCGCAGGAUUUUAUUGAUUUCACGUUAAGAUUUUGUAACGCUUUCACUUGCACUCAAAUACCCCCGCUUGUGCUCAAAUUGUGUGCUCGCGCUCAGAUAUUUUGUUGCUCGGAAAGAUUGCUGCUCACCCCCUCAUGCUGCUUCUGCGUGUUCGUGUGCUAAGUCUGCUCUCUGAGUUCUCCUCAGUUGUUUUUGUGCAACAAAUCUGUCAAAAUUCAAUAGAAUACAAGGUGUAGUUGCCACAUAGAAGCAGAACGGCGUAUAUAUUGUUCCUAUAGCUGCUAUGAAGAGUAACCAAAUAAAACUUAAGAUCCUUGAUAUUGCAGUUCCAUGUUAAACCAGGAAUCUGCUGGACUCCUGAUCCGUGAAGGUGUCGUCGUUUUUUUCCUUCAGCCCACAAAGGACUCUUAGAGAAGUAAAGCUAAUUAAAGACAAUUCCCUUCAUCAACACUACACCUGGCGAGGAGAAUAGCUUAAACUGGAACACAGGAAAUCUGCCCAAGCAACAAAAUAUCUGCGCACUUGAGCACAAGCAGAGGCUGUUUGAGUGCGAGCGCAGUGUUUUGAUUGAAAUCAUUGCAAAAUCUGACCUUGAUAUCAGUAAGUUCGACUCUAACACAACCUAUUAACAGUCCUAAAAGUUCAAAGUCCAAAAUGUACCUCCAUUUUCUUUAACAACUUCAUUGUGACAUGAAAAACAAGAAAAAAAUAAGUACGACAUUAUUGAUGGAUGUAAAUGUUUGUAUAUGUAAUGACCCGUCGACUGCACUGAUGUUUUUAGUCCCAGUUUUAACCUUUCAGAGUCACAAAAAAAAUCACAAUCAAUUUCACAAGUUUUAUUAUAUAUGUAAUAAUAAUAUAUCUUUAAACUUCCCGUUAUAUCAACAUAAACUUUCAGCAAGUGCUACAUGAAAAUCUGCACAGUUUCAUAAAUAUUUCUGUAUUAACCGUAAUUGAACAAACUGUGAUCUUUUUUUAAAGUAAGGAUAUUAAUCUAAUCUAUGAGUAAAAGCAAUAAUGGGGUUUUUGCACCUUAACUCUCAUGUGUAUGGCCUGUGAUCAUUGUUGGACCACUGAACCUGCUCACUGCUGCAGUGCACUUUCUGGUUAGCUACACAGUACUGUACUGUACAUUAAAGCUCAUAUGUUCUCCUGUAGUCGCUAAUCAAAAAAUAUUUACUUCUUAUCACAUCAAAUAUACGCCAUGUGUAAAAAAAGUGUUUUUAUAACGUCACGAACGCUUCGUUCAUGAGGUGAAACCUUCAGCUCUGAUGCUUGGUACGUUAACUCGCUGGUACACUGGUGUACUAGUAAUGACAAUGUAUUCGACUGUGUUGUGUUAAAGACGCCAUUUAAUAUUUAAUUUUCUGCCACUGUCGAAACUUUUCCAAAGUAGAAAGUUCUUCAUGAUCUAAAAAGUGAAAAAUAACAACAAUAAAUAAUUUUCUUCUUCAGUUAUUACGAACUGAAUAAAUUACUCCAAAAAUAAACUUUCUGUGGCAGGAAAAAUGUAUUUCUGAAGGUAUUUGAGAUCUGGCAGUUGCCAAGAUCACAGUGUUCUUUUCCAUUUACAUCUUUAAGAAUGUGAAGUGACCUUGGAAUAAUACUCCCCUACAGUCUGAAUUCAGAUGGCGGAAGUGACAUCAGUAUCCUGAAUAUGUAAUCACUUGGCAUCAUUUUUUUAUUUCUUUUAUAUAUUGGUAAGCUUGUUUCCUUGCAAUCAUCUACUGUGUCUUAACGGUGCAUGAACAUGUCUAUAAAUAAAUAGCGUGAUUCAUUACACCCGCGCUUCCAUAUUCUUUGUCAGAGUAGAACUUGUUUGCUGGAACGAGGAACUUGAAAUUCAACCUGGAAAACAUCUUAAACGUUUUAGCUGUUGGAGGCUUGAAUCUCUUCCUACUUUAAAACAUAGACGUGCUUUUCACAGAAAUAAAUCUCAGGAUUAAACUGAUGAUAUAGGUUCUUUCCUCUCCACAGUUAAAUUUGUUUUAUUGCACAUUUUUGUCCUUUGUCAAGGCAGGUAUUUUUAUUUCACUUAAAUAGAAUUUAGUUUAAAGUUAAGUCCGUUAGUUUUAAGGAUUUCAAGACUACAUAAACACACUCAAUCCAUCACAUGCAUCCUACUAACAUCCAUCAGUGUGUGUAUAUCCAUGUGGAUUUAGAAAAUUAAAAAUCUCUUCUAUUAUAAAAAUAACACAUGUAGGGCACUGAGCUGUGUAGGUGGAGAUGUGCAUAGACUCCACAUAUCACUUACACAGUUAUGUUGUAGUUUUCUGUCCUCCACCACAGAGGCUAUGUUUGUCUGUAUAUAUUAUAUAUUGUGUAAUUUUCUGGUCCCAAGGAAGAACCCAUUACAUUUUGUUGCAGAUCAAGGG